AUGCAAAUUACAUUGCAGACAAGCCUGGACGCCCGAAACACAGACGACUUAGCGACAUCUACCAGGCUGGCGCCGGCCGUCGACCAAGCCCUCAACUUUGUCGAUUUGGAGCUGAUCCACAACUUCACUACCUCUGUGUACAUGACUCUAUCAACAGAUGACCUCGUCCGACAGAUGUGGCGAGUCUCUGUGGUGCGCAUGGCGCUUAAAUGCGAAUAUGUCAUGCGAACUUUGCUCUCCAUAUCGGCUCUACAUCUAGCUCACCAGCGGCCAGAACGAAAGGAAGCUCUUGUAGCCAAGGCCUUGCUUUAUCAUCGAUCAGCCUCAAGAGAAGCAAUGGAGUUGAUGAGCGCCCUUGAUGAACGAAAUGCCGAGAACUUGUUUCUGUUUUCACUUCUUACAAUAUUCUUCGCUCUGGCAUCGGGACGCUAUCUGAAGGAAUCGGUCGUUGUCUGGGAAUCCGCAUUCCCGGACUGGACAUUCCUCCUAUCUGGAGCUUGUUCUCUUAUCAAACUCCUCAAUUCGAAGAACUACGAGGGUCCCUUGACCCCUCUGUUGACAUACGCAAAGGAACGAUUCUUUACCGCGCGUGAUGACUCGCGAGCUCGACCAGCCGCCUUGGAAAGUCUGCGAAAGCGCGUCAGCGGUAGCAAUAUCGACAAAGAGUUGCUGCGCGUCCACAAUUUGGCCAUUGACGAAUUAGGCCAUCCUCUUUCUCUUGCUCUGCACAGUGGAGGCCGUGGUAUGGACAUCAUGGACAUGUUCAUCUGGAAAUACUUCGUGUCAGAUGAAUUUCUACCUCUGCUUAAAGAGCCGAGGGCGAAUCAAGAGGCCAUUGUCAUUUAUGCCCACUUUUGUGUGGUGCUGAAGAGGUUGGAGAGUCAAUGGUGGCUUCAGGGCUGGGCGAUCCAUCUUAUAUCACAGGCGUGGGAGCUGCUAGAUGAGAGCCACAAGCCUUGGAUUCAGUGGCCGAUGGAGGAGCUGGGAUGGGUGCCUCCAAGUGAGUCAUAA